AUGGAAUAUGAAGAGGAUGAUGAUAUUUCCUUUGCAAAAUGGAUGAGCAGUUUCUGGGGCCACAACUUGAUCGAUGAGAAUGAGAAAGAGGGUAGAGGCCACAAGAAACGUCAGACACGACUCUUUAGCGAAAGGAGAGCCUCCCUCCCGGCCAGGCUUUCCUCCCUCCAUACAACACGAAUUCAUGCUUCUGCCAAAGGCUCAUCUUCAGGCCACCUCAAGGGCUCCAAGGAAUUUCAAGAAGACCAAGAUGUCAAAUGCCACUGCCACAGGAAGGCAAGCAGAACACCUUCAGCAGACAGCUCAUGCCCAGAGACAAGAUCAAACUCCAUCCAGGAAUUUGCAGAGUCCUUUGAAAAGCAAUUGCAUCUCAAAAGCAAACGCUCAGCUUCUUUGCAACCUGAAGGCAUGAAGGAGAGAAGAGAAAGGGAAAGAUUGCAUUUGAGAAAAAGCAAGUCUCACAAGAGAAUGGGAGAGAAAGCACAGCCAAGGAGAGGGCAAGAAGAAGAUGAAGGUUCCGAACUUGUACCUGCAAAACACAACGAACAGUUUCCAUCACAAGCAAGCAUUGAGAAAGGAUAUUUAUGCCCAGAACGAGAUGCCUACAAGUUGCAUCAGAAUCCGAACUGUGGACACAAAGGAGGUCAGUUAGCAGGAAGCAAAGACAAAGGGACCAAAAAAUAUCUUCGCCAAAAUAUUGGAUCGACAGAUGAUAUUCCUCCUAUUAGGAAGAUCCCUCUGAAUCCUAGCCCAGUCUCUACUAUUGAGAUCCACGUUGUUAUUUGCUACGAUGACUUGGGGACUGGCAGCAGCACAGAACUUCACUUCAUCAACAGCUUUCACAAAGAGUGCAUUCAAAAGUGGCUGCUAAAGAAGUCAACUUGUCAAACAUGUUGUAUCCAGGCCUCUGUGCCAAUCCGUACCAACUCACGGGCCAAAGGAAAUUUUGAUGCUGUGGGAAACCUGGCAGAGAGGUGGGACCAGGUGGGAGCCAGCGCUGUGGAAGCAGAUCUGCCUAUCCUGGCAGUGCCAGCCGGGCUCCUCGAUUAA